AUGAACUUCCAGCCUCCGUCCUCGAUGCUUUUUUCUCCUUUUACCUCCAGCCCACGAACCCGAUCGACGAUUCCGUCGAGAUCAGCAUUUUCGACACCACCAAGUACUUCAACGGCGAGGCUGAGAAUCCCAAACUCGGAAACAGAGUAUCCCCUGUUGUUGGUAAUGGUAAUAACUCCGGUAUCGUCGUUUCCGAUCCGCCCAGAUUCUCGACCGCUUCCUAGUCGGUGGAUGGGUAUGGAUACGCCAGCCGGAGACCGAACCGGGUUGUUCCACGCCACGCCACAACUUCAUCGGAAGCCAGCUGGAAUAGCCAGACCGGGCUGUUGUCGAACCCGCCGGGCCAUGGCUAUGUCAGUGAGGCAUCCUCCAGUUUCCCUCACCGAUGAUGGAAGAAGAGAGGGUCGGCGAAGAAUGGAGAAGCAGCAGUGGAGCUUCGUCAAGUCCUAG